AUGGCUACUAAGUUCAUUGCCGUCUUCAUUGUAUUCAGCUUUUUGUUUGCUACUCAAUUUUCCAAUGCUAAGGAACUAGAAACUCAAUCAGGGCCAAUCCACACGAGAGAGCGAGACCGUUUGAGGGCUCAAGCUCGUACCGGAGACAAAGGAAAGAACAAAGAUGACGGAUUAACUCCUGAGCAACGCCGUGAAAGGGAUGCGAAAGCAUUGCAAGAGAAAGCUGCAAAGAAAGCUGCUCAAGCUGCAGCAGCUGCUUCUGGAGGAGGAGCCAAAGGAAACAAUACUAAGAAAUAA